AUGUUUUUCCAUUUGUUACUAAUCCUCCUGGAAACAGCUGUGGUUAGAGCUGUUAUGUACGCUGUGACCUGCGACGAGUUUCCUGACGUUUGCAACCACAGAUGCUACUCGAUCUACGUCGCUGGCUUCCCAGCUACAGUCACAUACGACAAACCAACCAUGGCGUUGAAGACAACGCGACGCAAACAAGUUGGCGCCAUUCCUGACCCGUGCUGUAUGCCCAACUUCGCACCCACAGGCUGCAAAGAUGAGAACGGCAAUCUGGUCGCUUGCUUCAGUCCAGACGAAUAUCUUUACGCAUCGACAGCCGAAGGUGGCUCUAGAGGCCUUGUACGUUGUACUGGAGAAUGGGAAAACAUCGAGGAAGGUCGCCGCUGGUACUCUGUGCUAAGAACAGGGGUUAGCCAAGGCGGAUGCUCCUACCAAAAUGGUUGUCAGGUUACUCUUGCUUUCAGUUUCGUUGGACCAGGCUCACCCUUCUGCACCACGCAUAUUGGUCCAAAUGAUGGAUAUGAGUGGUCGAAAGCUAGCGGAUCAUGGAUGCUAGGCAGACGGGACGAUGAUGGCGUGUCGCGUUUGAUUCCUCAUAUGCCAGACCCCUCGAAGUAUAUCACCCCUGAGCUUCGGCUACCGCUCGCGUGGUUCGAGAGCUUCAUGGAGAUGAAAAAGCUUGCCGUGGAGGCCGGAGAAUUUCCUCUAAGGCGGAGAUAUGUUCUCCUGGUCGAACCCAACUUCCGACAAUCCACGCUCGCUUUCAUGCGCCUGUACAAAUUCGAUUUUUUGCACUUCUGUCCUCAAUACGCCAUCGAUGGUCUUUGCAGCCCUCUCCUUAUCCUCGAGUGUUGUCAGCAAGACCUUAAGCUGAGAACAAAGGGAACAGUGAUGACUGGAGAAACAGAAAUCUUGUCAGAGGGAGCGAGGAAUAAAGAGGAAAAGAAAGCGGAAGGCUUCAGAUGCCUUAUAAGUGCGUCGCUUGCUAAGGACAAUAUUCUGCGAUCGAACCAGGACGGCUGCGGUGAUGUUACAGAAACAGAGAUCGUUUUUGUGGAUGACACAAUUGGAGCUCAUACUUGUCCAAGCAGAAUCGGACAUGAUCUCGAUUCUCGAAAGGCCCCUUUCGCAGGCAAAGACCCAUACGACUGCAGAUCUCUCCUUCAAGCAGUUUGCAAAGAGACUAGCUUAGCGCACAUCGACUUCGAUCGAUUUGCAGUAAUAGAUGAGAGAUCCCUAAGGGACGAUACACUACUACUUGUCGUAGAGCCUAAAGAGGAAGACAGGGGCCAGUCAAGAUGUAUCCGAGCCAUCUCCAACCUAGUUGGAUCGCGCCUUCAAUUAUAUGCUUCAAAGCAGGUCAACUUACUGAGAGACCAGGAGAGAGCCCGAACGACCCAAGAUGGGGUGCUUAGGCUGGAAUCGUCAAAUUUCCGGCUGCAUGUUCCAGAUCCGACAGAGUCCGUAAGCCCAGAAUUCCGUCGUGAAAUUCUUCUGGACAAUGGCCAACGUAUUCUCUCAGGAUCAAGCGAUCCAAACAAGAACUGGGACAAUGAAAUUGUUUUUUUCGGAGGAGGAAGAGCUCCUGCCCGCGUGGUUCGAGAGCUUUUUGGGGAUGAGAAAAGCGAGCCAUUUAGGCCAAGCAAGCGGACCAUGAUCGAUUAA